AUCGGGCUGGACUCCGGGCAGAGGCACAUCGGGCUGGACUCCGGGCAGAGGCACAUCGGGCUGGACUCCGGGCAGAGGCACAUCGGGCUGGACUCCGGGCAGAGGCACAUCGGGCUGGACUCCGGGCAGAGGCACAUCGGGCUGGACUCGGGCAGAGGCACAUCGGGCAGGACUCCGGGCAGAGGCACAUCGGGCAGGACUCCGGGCAGAGGCACAUCGGGCAGGACUCCGGGCAGAGGAGGUCUCGGGCCCUCAGGCGGAGCGGCGGGCGCGGACCCCCCAUGCGGAGUUGACAGGUCUCGGGCCCCCCAGGCGGAGCGGCGGGCGCCGGACCCCCAGAUGGAGAGCGACAGGUCUCGGUGCCCUCAGGCGGAGCGGCGGGCGCCGGAACCCAGGUGGAGCGACAGGUCUCGGGCCCUCAGGCGGAGCGGCGGCGCGCGGACACCCCCAGGUGGAGCGUCAGGUCUCGGGCCCUCAGAGCGGAGCGGCGGGCGCCGGACCUCCCCCAGGAUGGAGCGACAGGUCUCGGGCCCUCAGGCCGCGGCGGGCGGGCGCCGGAACCCCCAGGUGGAGCGACAGGUCUCGGGCCCCCAGAGCGGUGCGGAGGCGGAAAGGUCUCGGGCCCCAGGCGGAAGCAAGGGCGGGCGCCGGGACCCCCAGGUUGGAGCGGACAGGUCUCAAGCCCCCAGACGAAGCGGCGGGCACCGAGUCCCAGGCAGACAGUGGGGCACCGAGUCGUCUGGCAAGACUGCGGGCACCGAGUCAACAACAACUGGCGGAACAGCGGGCACCGAGUCAACUCGGCGGAAACUGCGGGGCAACCCCCCGGAAGGGGUCUGGGUCAAGAUGGGGCACCGAGUCGUCUGGCAAACGCGGGACUGCGGAAGAUGCGGGCACCGAGUCGUCUGGCAAGACUGCGGGCACCGAGUCGUCUGGCAAGACUGCGCGGCACGAGUGGCACCGAGUCGUCUGGCAAGACUGCGGGCACCG